UUAUUUGUGUUUGAAUUACUACUAAUAACUACAAGCACAGUUUCAAAAAGUACCAGAAUAAGAAAUCUCAGAUUAAAUCUUCAGUUGAUUAUACAGUAUCGGAUACUCAGCUGAUAAGAUUAUUUGCAGCUCGCCCAAGUUGUGUCCCUACAUUCGACAUUAGAAUGGAUAAUGUAAGCAGCACGAUUGACCUGGACACAAGCAACAUUUCAAAGGCCAUUGUUGAUAGUAUAUCACCUUGGUCAACUCCUGUGAUAAAUGUUGACCUUAGCUUAAAGCAAUUUCCUAAGGAAUCCACCCCAGACUACAUGUAUAGACAGCACUUUGCAGAAAUUCAACAUUGUAACAGGAAUUUAAUUCCUAUAUACACUGAUGGAUCUAAAUCAGAUGAUUACGUUGGCUCAGCCUUUGUCUGCCAGGAUGAAAUCGUGGCAGAAGAAAUUGCACCGAAUUCUUUCAUCUUUACUGCAGAGCUGCAGGCUAUUUAUUUAGUCUUAAAGUAUGUAAUUAGAAACAGUCAUUGUUGCUGCGUGAUUUACACUGACUCAGUUAGUGCACUUCAGGCUUUGAUCUCAUCUGAACCUAGUUCUCACUCUGUAGUGAUUAAAAUCCAUAAACUGCUGUGCCAUCUUUGUGUGAGUAAUUUCUCUGUAAAAUUUUGUUGGGUCCCAGGCCAUGUUGGUAUAAGAGGGAAUGAACAAGCUGACACAGCUGCAAAGGCAGCUAAUCUUUCACAGCAUACAAUGUGUAUUGAAGGAGGUGAUUUGAAGCUAGUUGUUUAACCCUUCGGGGAACGCGCCUUUCAAGAGCUUACGAGAGGGCGCCUCGCGGCAAUUACACCGCGUAUGUAAUAUUACUUGAUUUAAGUCAAUAAUUAAUUAUCGUUUUGAAAAUAUGAUUCAGAUAUACCAGAAAACUAUUUUUACGGCAUUUUAAUAAACAAAUUGGUUAUAAAAUAUUUAGAUAAUAAAAAGAAGUCACUCUACUUUCAUGUGAUGUUCACCUUCACACAUGGCACAUAUAAUAACUAUAUUACUAUGCUUUUUGCAAACAUGUUUUCUGCAUUCCUGACAAAUCGAUUUUGUCCUAUUGUUUUUGUGUUUGUCACAAAUAAAACAAAUUCUUGGUUUCGCUACUUCUUUAGGCUGCUUUUCGUUUUCUCUAUAUUUUUCUAAAAAUGCGCGAAUGUCUUUAGGAAGUCUCAGCAUCAUCGAUCUUUCUUUCAAAUGUUCUUCCAUUAGACUUAGGGUAAGUUUUUUUCUAAAAUAUUGUCUUCUCUUUUUGUUAUCGGGAUUAUUAAAUUUAGAUAUAAUAUUAGAAUUUAUUUCAGCAAUGUCGAGAUGACGAUAAAAGAGAGCUAGUGGCCAUCUCCUUGUAAUUC